GAGAUGUGUUUGGGCCAAAGAGAAAAAAACACAUUUCUGUCAUUUAAAAAGAGAAGCUACUUUUUUCCGGGUUAUGUGACCUACUCUAGCCACCGACACAACCUUCCAUAGUUUCACGACCACAGUCACUGUCCCUUUCCGUACAGGAUCCAUGUUUUUCUUUCUUUCUUAAAUGCACCACCAUAACUUCCCCCACUCACUCGGAUCUCCCAUAGUGAGAGAAGAGAGAGAAGAUAGCUUCUUCUUUAUUGUGGUUUACAGAUAAAGACAGCUAAUCUCAGAGUAGAGACUUCACCCUCAGUAGAUUAAAGUAACCGAGGAAGACAACCUCCCAAAGUCACUGGGAAACACAGAUCUUCUUGGAUUGUUUUCUCACUUGGAAGUUGAAAGUAACUGUUGCUUUGGCUGAGAGCUUGAUGAUGAAGGCAAGAUCAGUGAACAAUGUCCAGUCAAAGCGAUCUACCAAGAGUGGAAGGAGAGACCAGAAGCUGCAGAAGACUAACAGCCAGAAAAAAAUAUCAGAACAAGAGCAACACAAGGAGGCCUUAGAGUCUAACAUCCUCACAACAGCGGCUAGUGACUCAACCACACAGUCAGAUCCUUCGGAGGCUUACGAGACACUAGACGUCCGUUACUUGGACGAUGUAACCGUAAGAAAGGAGAAAGAAGAUGCUGAUGAUGAACAAGAAGAAGUUAAAGGUGUCAAUGCUGAUGUGUGGGAAGAUGCAUCCAACGGUGCUCUUAGUGCCGGAAGCGAGAACGAGGCCCUUGAUGCGACAGAGAAUAGUGGUGAGGAUGGAUCUUUGAAAGAGAAGAUUGAGCAUCUUGAGACGAGAAUGGAGAGACUUGAAGAGGAGCUUAGAGAAGUCGCUGCGCUCGAGGUUUCGCUUUACUCUGUCGUCCCUGACCAUUCCAGCUCCGCACACAAGCUACAUACUCCUGCGAGGCGUAUCUCUAGAAUCUACAUCCAUGCUUGUAAGCAUUUCGCUAGAGGAAAGCGUGCUACCAUCGCUAGGAACUCUGUUUCUGGUCUUGUCUUGGUUGCUAGAUCUUGUGGGAAUGAUGUUUCAAGGUUGACGUUUUGGUUAUCGAACAUCAUAACUCUAAGGGAGAUCAUUUCGAAAGCGUUUGGUAAGUCUCGUGUCACGGAGAGCUCUGAAGGUAAUGGGAGUGAGAAUGGUGGUGAUUCAGGGAAGAAAACGAACCUAAGAUGGAAGAAUGGUUUGCAAGAGCUUCUUGAGGAUUGGCAAGAAACUGAAACGUUCACCACUGCUUUGGAGAAAGUUGAGCUUUGGGUCUUCUCUAGAAUCGUUGAGUCUGUUUGGUGGCAGGUCUUUACUCCUCAUAUGCAAUCCCCUGAGAACAACAACUCAUCAGCUGCUAAAUCGAAUGAGAAGCAAGGAACCUUUUCUAUUAGUCUAUGGAAAAACGCUUUUGGAGAUGCUCUGCAACGGCUUUGUCCUAUGAGAGGUGGAGGACACGAAUGUGGCUGCUUACCUGUUUUGGCUAGAAUGGUCAUGGAGAAGUGCGUUGGUAGAUUUGAUGUAGCCAUGUUCAAUGCUAUUCUACGCGAGUCAGAACAUCAGAUACCAACUGAUCCUGUCUCUGAUCCUAUUCUUGAUACCAAAGUUCUGCCUGUUCCUGCUGGAGACUUGAGCUUUGGUUCAGGAGCACAGCUCAAAAACGCGAUUGGUAACUGGUCUAGAUCCCUCACUGAAAUGUUCGGUAUGAACUCAGAUGAUGAUCAAGUAGAAAGUGAAGGCAGUGAUAGUAGUAAAGCCUUUGUGUUGUUAAAUGAACUUAGUGAUCUUCUUAUGCUCCCCAAAGACAUGCUUAUGGAAAGUUCCAUUAGAGAAGAGAUAUGUCCAUCAAUCACUCUUUCACUUAUCAAGAGAAUACUAUGCAACUUCACUCCUGAUGAGUUCUGUCCAGACGAUGUACCUGGAGCUGUCCUAGAAGAGCUAAAUGCCGCCGAGGUGCAAUCAGAAGAAGCAAGCUUCCCUUAUGCGGCUUCUUCUGUUACUUACAAGCCUCCAUCGACCAUGGAUGUAGCGGAGAAAGUUGCGGAGGCUGCAGGGAAGUUGUCGAGGAAUGUGUCUAUGAUACAGAGGAAAGGGUACACGAGCGACGAGGAGCUUGAGGAGCUGGACUCUCCUCUUACAUCUAUUGUUGAUAAAACGAGUGAGUUUAAUGAUUCUGCGACCUCAAAUGCAAGAUACAACCUUCUUCGACAAGUGUGGGCUUAGUUACUAUGAAUCUAUAGCUGUUUCUGUUGUUACAUAGAUACUCUUUAUGAAGAAGGGACUCAUUGUAAUAACUUUUGUGUAAUUUUUUCAAGAACAGUUUGGG